AUGUCAGCGUUCAGUCCUGUUUCCUGCUAUGCGGAGAAAGCGUCCGAUUAUUAUCCAUCUGCGGUUCCAGCCGUCAGUACUGUAACUUGGCCCAGUGCCGUUUCUCCGGCCUAUGAACUGUCACCGUGGUAUUCUUGGGGCUUACCUUCUAAGUUGAACUGCCACGCGCCUCCUACUCCAGCCGCUGUCACUGCUUUGGAUUACACAAGUCUCUGGCCCACUGUGCCUUCCAUCGGAAGCUGUGGAUUCUUCUUGCCUUCUGGAAGUUCCCUGGUGAGAUCCUACGAGAAACCAUCCCAAUCAUACAUCGGUUUAAUUGCCGAAGCGAUCCUUAGCUCUCCGGAGAAAAAGCUUGUUCUAAGCGACAUUUACAGUUAUAUCCUGACCCGCUACCCGUACUUUAGAACGAAGGGAAGUGGAUGGAGAAACAGCAUUCGUCACAAUCUCUCGCUAAACGAUUGUUUCGUCAAGGCUGGUCGAAGCCCUAACGGCAAGGGACAUUUCUGGACCAUUUGUCCUAUGUACUACGAAGACUUUCUGCAUGGAGACUAUCGCCGGAGAAGAGCUGGAAAGGUUGUGAAAUUGGACUUAAAACCAACUGAGCGCCUUUUGAGCGACUCUCAUCGUUAUUUCGCUUUCUUUAGCGAAGACCCAAAGCCAAGUGUAGCUGUUCGACGCGAGACGACACCCCCGAGAUACGAGGAACGCGAUCGCGACGAAGUGCGUUUUAGCCGAGAGGUGGAAUGUGAUGACACGAUAGAUCCUUCUCAGUCCCCCGAUCACGAUUCAGCAAGGAGAAGAAGCUUCGAUGUUCAGAGCUUAUUAUCAUCACAAAAUUAG